CAUGAAAGCACAAAAAGCCUUAGAAGAAAAUGAGGUAAUAUUAAGGGUUUUUUGUUUUCGUAAACGUAAUUUCAUCUCACGCCCGGCGCUAUGCAGCAUUUUCAAGGCCGCGUCUAUCAGUACUACAGUAGGCUGCAAGCAGCCGAGCGCGUUGCGCGAUGUUAUCCGCGCUAUGACGGCACCCCGCGACCGACGUGCCGACGACAAUGUCGAAUUAUUGCCUCUAAAAUCAAUGCUAGUGAAUAAUAAUCACAGGGAAGAUGAAGCUUAUUACCCUCCCUCGCCCGUUUUUAACAACAAUCCUUCCAGCUCGAAUCUGUACGACUAUACGCUACUGUCAAAGCGUACACCGGCAUCAAAACGACUACUCCGUUCAUCUCAGCCAGCACCGACACCACUGCUGACGCUAUGUGGGGCUCCACCACCGUCUCGGAAGCGCGAAGAACUCACCGCACUCGCCAAUCUGAAAAAGAAGGUAGCUCCUGCUCUCUUACAACACGCCAGGAAACCUUGGAGAAACCACGAGCCGACCAAAGAAGACAGUCAACCUGAACAGCUAGACAACAGACAGAAAUUAUUGCAAAGGAUACUUUUAUCCAAGCCGGUAAGCAUGGUAGUCCAAUGGAGCGAAGUACGCACUGCUUGGCAGGACAGUGAUUUUAUUACAGAAUGCUUAUGUUGGCACAAUGUCUAUCGCCAAAGGCACGGCGCUCCUCAGCUUUACAUGGCACCUGAGUUGUGCGAUUACGCCCAAGCUUGGGCCAACCAUUUGGCGCACACCAACAAAUUCCGUUACAGAAACGAUCGAGACGUUGGACAGAAUCUCUAUCAGCGUCCCGUAAGCGAUAUUCAGCCUGACGUGACCGGUCAAGAAGUAUCAUCGUAUUGGUAUGCAGCAGUUCGUCAGUACAACUUUUUUAAGGAUACUGACAUUCUGCAUGCAAACGUUAAUGCAGGUCACUUCACACAGAUGGUCUGGGUGGCUACACGUUUCUUUGGAGUGGGCAAAGCCAGAUCUCGGGCAGGCAAGGUAAUAGUAGUAGCUAAUUAUUCUCCUCCGGGGAAUAUGUCUGGGCAGUUUGAAACCAACGUAUUGCCGCCCCUCCCGGACAAUUUUCCAGACAUACCUCAACCAGAACACUGACGACAGCUUUCCAUACGUGGCAGACGGCUCAAAAUCGACGCCACGUUUAGGAAAUAAAACAAUAUCCGAGCAAUUUAUAUGAUUCACGAGCAAGAAAACAAAUAUUGGUUCGAAUUUAAAACAGGUUAUAUUCUCCCAAAAUGGUUUUAAAAUUAUAAACAGAUUCUGGAAUGGAUUACCUAGACAAUUAUUUUCCGGCUUGUCAUUUUAAAUACUGCUUCU